ACAGCCAACCAGCGUCCAAGUUUCAAAACAAUAAAACACAUGCAAGAGAGGAGUUAUAACCUGAAAUUUUAUUUAUUAAUGACUGUUGAAUUAUUGAAAACGAACAAAAAUUUACAAUUGUUUUAAGAAAAGGACUUUAGCGUUCGACCUCACAGCAGAGAAGCGAAUUAGGAGCGAAUUGUUGGCUUAUUUAAGUUUGACAUUGACAAAUAUACAUCUUGACAGUGUCGCAGCAACCCACAGACCUUAAACAGUUGAAUCAUGGCAGAUCACGAGGAACUAUCAAAGGCCACAAAAAUCCAUCCCUCGGGAGUCUUUACUUCCGAACAUCUACGAUCUUAUCUCUAUGGACAUAAAAAAGUGCAGCUUAUUGACACAACAAAGAUACAGAAGGAAAGGAUAAAACAUCUUCAUAUUAAUAAAGAACCAAAAGGAAAUUCAUGGUGUGAUAUAUGCAAUGAAAACCCUGAAGACUGUCCAAUGCAUGGACCACUGCACUCCCUAAGAAAACUUGUCAAUCAAAGUCAGGUUGAUUCACCAAUUGAUUACAGUGCAAUAUUGAAGUUUCCGGAUGAAGUAGGUCUGUGCACAUCUAGUAUCCCUGGAAUCGAGUAUGGAGUGUGUGCCAAGGCCACUAUACCUUCUGGGACAUGGAUUGGUCCCUAUGAAGGAAAACUAGUACGACCUGAGCAGAUCAAGCGAAGGACGGAGACUGAGUAUAUGUGGGAGAUCUUCCAUGAUGGUCAAGUGAGUCAUUAUUUAGACGCAAGAGAUGAAUCAAACUCAAGUUGGAUGCGUUUCAUUCGUUGCGCUCGUCAACGUUUUGAACAAAACAUGGUGAUAUUUCAAUAUCAUGGUUGUAUCUAUUACAGAACUACGAAAGAUGUCAAAGUAGGCGAAGAACUACUGGUCUGGUAUGACAGUCGAUAUUCAUUGAUUUUUGGUAUUCCUGUAGCGUUGAAUGAGACCGGAAGUAGAGGUGUCAACCCACCAAAGGGUAUUGUGACGCAAGAACGCAUUUACGGGAAACGUCGAAACAGCGAUGUUGACACAGCGUCAAACAAGAGGAUAUCAGUUGAUAAACAUAGUACGAGUGUCAGUAAAGUUGGUACAAUGAUGGAUAAAAGUAUUUCACCGGUGAAUGCGCAGACGAACAAAGCCAGUACAGCGGUUGUUAAACAAGAACCUAAAGGCUCAACAGACGGUGUCCCACAGUCGGCUUUGAAUUACAGGAACUCUAUGUAUCAUAGAGGACGUUGGUAUACAUUACCCAGUAAUGAGGGAACAUCUGAGGCUAGUCGUUGUUCAAAGUGCAUGAAAGGUUUUAAUAAUCGUGAAACUUUCUUGCUACACAAUUGUUCAAAGUCAACUAAGAACUACACAUGUGCAUACUGCGAUCGUGCCUGCGCCACUUUAACUGAACUAGGUGAGCACAUGGAAGAUCACGUGAACGAGAGGCCAUUUAAAUGUAGUUUUUGUCCACGCAGCUUUAAUAAUUCCAUUGCACUUGAUUUACAUGUGCGUAUACAUGGUCGUCAUGUUGGAGACAAAUCACGUGCUUAAGAUGACGUCACGCGAAUUUCAAUCCUAAAUAAGGAAGAUUCUCUACAAUGUAACAAGAUGGAGAGUCAAUUACUUCGCAAUCAUAGAUUGAAUAUUCCAAGAUACGACGGGGAGGCGGAACCUGCAAUCACCCGACUUCUGCCUGCGACUAUUUAUAAUAUAGGAUUGACCAAAAACCCGGUGCGGAGUAAUGCGGUUAACAGCGGGUUUCUAGUGGACAGUAUAGGAUAGUAAUUAGAUUGGGGGUUUUAAUAGAGAAAAAAUUUAUAUUCAUUCAGGUUUUUAUAGUUCAGUUUUAAAGGCAGAUGGAGCGUU